AACAUUAUUUGUAAUGAAACGAGAAUUUUCAACAAAUACAUCGAAAUAGUUCUAUUCGGUACAGGAAUAUAGUAACACCAUGUUUAAAAUACAUCUGAUACUUUUGUUUUUCAUUUUUUCUAAUGAUUUACUGAAAGUCAUUGGUAAAGAAAAACAACGUUUACACCAAAAAAAACACUUUAAAAAUCGUCAAAAAAUUAAAGAAAAAUGUUGGUCGGAAAGGUGCUACAUAUCUUGUCCGAUAAUGGACCCCACGAUGCCAGAAACCCCAAUUUCGUCUGAUUAUAUAAUGCCCGAGCUCAACGAUGACACUGACGAUUUUUAUGACGAGCAGUAUAGAAAUAUAAAACGUUCCAAAUUUGUAUUAACAAAUCGUCAAAAACACAAUUUACUUCGACAAGUUAGACUCGGUAAUGCAAACGGGAAAAAAGCGUAUAAGUUCAGACAGAAUCCACCUUCUGGUUGUUACGUCGUGUGUUAUGAUUACUAUCAAAUACCACCAUACGGUCUUCCACAGGGGAAUGUACCAUCGACUACGGUUUUAAAUAAUACGCUUGUUACACCACCUAAUACUGUAAAUAACGAAUUUGAUGAUGAUGAAGACGAUGUAGAUGAACCUUAUCGACCUGGUGAAGAUCAACCUAUCGAAGCGACGUUUUCUCCACCUGAAAAAAGAUCGCGUAAAUUGAUUGGGAAGAAAGUCCAAAAACAUUGAAAUUUUAUUAUCACAAGCUACAGAUAUGAAUAAAAUUAUAUUUUCAAUUG